AGUUUCCGGGGGAAGGGAAAGGUAGUGCACCCAUUGAGGAUACCAGGAGACAGCGUGACUGGGAGGUCACAGUGUGGUCACAGCCAUGUCGAGGGUGGUUCGUAUCUUUAAGACGUUGCGCAACCACUGGAAGAAAAGUACGGUGGGAUUUUGCCUGCUGGCAUAUGGAGGCCACUGGAUGUACGGCAAAUACUGUGAUAACUUGCUGAGGAGGGCAGCCUGCCAAGAAGCGCAGGUUUUUGGAAACCAGCUGAUACAUCCUAACACAGCAGUGAAAAAAGCAACAGUAUUCAUAAAUCCAGCAGCCUGCAAAGGAAAGGCCAGGACUCUGUUUGAGAAGAAUGCAGCCCCGAUUCUUCAUCUCGCUGGAGUAGAUGUCACCAUAGUCAAGUCAGACUAUGAAGGCCAAGCCAAGAAACUCCUGGAACUAAUGGAAAACACAGAUCUGAUCAUUGUUGCUGGUGGAGACGGAACUCUGCAAGAAGUUAUUACAGGACUCCUCCGCAGGGCUGAUCAGGCCUCCUUCAGUAAGAUUCCUAUUGGUUUCAUCCCACUCGGCAUGACCAACACAUUGAGCCAAACCUUGUACCCCCAAACCGAAAACAAAGUUCAAAACAUCUCAGAAGCCACUCUUGCCAUUCUGAAGGGGGAGACCAUUCCUCUUGAUGUGCUACAAAUAAAAGGAGAACAGGAGCAGCCAGUGUUUGCACUGACCGGCCUGCGAUGGGGAAGCUAUCGAGAUGCAGCAGUGAAAUCAACAAAAUAUUGGUAUUUGGGGCCAUUGAAGACCAGGGCAGCUCAUCUCUUCAGCACACUGAAGGAAUGGCCUCAGACACAUCAGGCCUCCAUCUCGUUCUUGGGACCCACCGAGCGCCCUCCAGAAGAACCCGAGGAAAAGCCGAGACGCCCUUCUCUUCAUGUUAGGAUAUACCGAAGGCUAGCUAACUACUGGUCACCCCCGAAAGUCGAGGUUCCUGUGGAAGCACCUCCUGAGCAAUGGGAAGAAGCUCAGAUAUCAGCAAUUGAGCUGACCAUCAGCACCCAGAACCACCAGCCGGACUUAACACGUUCUUUAGAUUCUAUGAGUAUCUGCAUCGAACCCGACACCAUCAGCAAAUCCGGAUUCAUACGUUCUGGCGUUGAGAAGAGUCAAGAUCCCCUGCAGUGCCCUGAAGAUUCCCAGAAGCUCCACGCCAGCCGCUGCAGCAUUCAGGUGCCAGAGGGAACUGACGGCCAUUUUAGUAUAGACUCUGAAGAGUAUGAAGCCAUGUCCGUAGAGGUGACACUUCUGCCAAGAAAACUGCGUUUCCUGUGCCAUCCUUCCCGAAAAGAACAGUUUACCCAGACUGCCGCACCGGCCUAAUGCUUACUUAUAUGUCUAC